UAAACCAUGAAUCUCUACCAACUCAACAUGCAACCUGUAAAUCAACUUAUAUUCAUCAAGAAUCACACACACCAUGCAAUACAAAUAGAUUCCAAAUUCAUUCUUUUCCCUGGAAUCUGAUUCUCCGAGCUAUUAAAGACCUACCAACCCAGACCCAGACCCAGUAAAGUAAACCUGAGCCCAAAUAGCUUGAAGGCCAAACAAAAAUAGACCCUCCAAAGAAACUCACGAAAACGAAGCCCAGUAAAACCAAAAGCAGUGUCGAAGACAAAAACGACCUGCCGUUUACAUUUUCCUUUCUGAUUAUAGACAGAACACAACACAUGAUCAUUAUGACAUUAUCCUCGUCCUGGUGAGUGGUGUCCCCGAUGAUACUGCAACUCUCCCUCCGACCGACGUUGCACCGGAGCCCGGCCACCUCGGACCGCGGCCUCGUGUUCCGCGAGAAGGUACUCUUCCUCGAAACCCUAAACAUAAACCCCUCGAAAGCCUUCCUCUUAAACCCCGCCAUCCGCUCCGCCCCUCUCUCCACCCUGAAAUCCGCCACGCGCUCCCUCUCCUCCCUGGGCCUCCCACGCGCCGCCGUGGCCCGCAUCCUGGACAUGCACCCCCUCCUCCUCACGUGCGACCCCUACACCCACCUCUACCCCCUCCUCGACUUCCUCCUCCACGAGGUCCCAAUCCCCUACGACCACGUCCACCUCUCCCUCACCCGCUGCCCCAGGUUACUCGUCUCCAGCGUCGACCACCAGCUCCGCCCCACGCUCCACUUUCUCAGAAAGCUUGGCUUCCAUGGGCCCCACCACCCCCUCACGUGCCACAACACCCUUCUCCUCGUCUCCAGCGUGCAGGACACCCUCUUGCCCAAGAUUCAGUUUUUGAAGGGUUUGGGCCUCUCCCAUGCCCAAGUGGCCAACAUGGUCGUUAGGUCCCCUGCGCUGUUGACUUACAGCGUUCACAACAAUUUGCGGCCAAAGGUGGAGUUUUUCUUCAAGGAGAUGAAUGGGGAUGUGGCCGACCUCACGAGGUUUCCGCAGUAUUUUUCUUUUAGCUUGGAACGGAGGAUCAGGCCCAGGUAUGAGAAGCUGCGUCAGCUUGGCUUGUCCUUUCGCUUGGAGGACAUGUUGAAGGUUAGUGAUGGCGAGUUUAAUGCUAGGUUGGUUGAAUUUAGGUUUAGGACGCUUGAGGAAGGACAACGGUUUUAGUAGGUAGUUGUUCUUGCCAUUUGGUAUGCUUUAAGAAAGGAGAAAGGAUAAAACUUGGUUUCAGUUCUUUAGGUGCCAUUAGUGUUGUUUUCCUAUCAGAAUUGGAGUUUAAUGAAAUUUGCGUUAAAUGUAAGUGCAUAGUAUCUGAAUAAAUCUUUGGUUCUGAUUGGAGAACAGUACUAAUUGUACCUAAAUACUAAUUGUAUCUAAGAAACUGUAGUUAAGUUUUAUCCUUUAAGAAAUGGUCUUCCACUGUGAUUUUGGCCGCAAAUUUGAGGCUUUUGGGGUAUCUGAGAUGGCAGUUGCAUUUGUGUGCACAUUUUGGUAAUGAUGAGGAUUGCUAUAUUGCUGCCACCAUGACCGCAAUUUAAAAUAUUAGUUGUUGGUUUUGCUAAAGCACAUAGGUUGAUACGUGUAUGUGGUAGAGAAUGGGCUGCUUGUCAUUCAAAUGAAACAGGGUUAAGGGCUGCUUGAGGGUUUUGGUUAUGGAAAAUAAGGAUUUGGAAGUAGAUGCACAUGACCUUUAGAGAGGGUAAAGUGCGAAAAUGGAAUUGUGGAAUUGAUUUUCAUGAUGCUUGUAUUAUGAACUGUGAUGGAGUUGCUAGAAUCUAAUCUGUCGACUAUUUAAGUAGUAUAAGUAAUUAAGUAGUUUUACCCUAUUGAGAUCUCUCAUUGAGAUGUGUUAUAACCAAAAUAACCUAUAUAAAUAGGGACAAUUCUCACUAUGCGAACCUGUUUUCUGGGUUAGGCCUAAAUCCAAAUUCUAACAUGACAUUUAUGCUUAUCCCAGUGGUUGAUAUUGGAUUUAUUAAGCACUCGUUAUCAGUUAUCAGAAUAUUCACAAAUGUCCUAUCCAACAACCUUAUGAUUGAGAUUUUCAGUUGUCAAUAUGGAGGUAAUGUAUUAGAGCUUCCACGUUAUCUAAUGUGUAUAAAAUAAUGUACAUAAAUGGAGAGCACUCCUCAAUCCUCAUCCCUUAAGUUAGUUUUUGGAAAUGAGUUAGGCCUAAAUCCAAUUUUCAAGAUAUCCCAUAAAUAAUUUGUUAAUAUAUGCAUUUUGAUACUUUUAGAGUUUGUCAAACCAAUGUUGUAAGCUUUUGGCAAUAAUAAGGUAUGCUCAAUUUGGUUUAGUCUUGUUCAAAUUCAAUAUUUCAUUCUAAAACCAUCUGUGUAGUCUUUGCUCUAUCGUCCUCCGGGAUUCUGCUAUAUUUCAUAUUUGUGAAUCUUCCUGCCAUUUU